UUGGAAUUAGUUUCAUAUCAGCCAAUAAUGCAUGUAGAAAUGCGGAAAUGGAAGUUGGGGAAGGAUGGGAUUUUGAAAAGGUCAGAAAGGAGGCCGAAGAGAAAUGGGAGAUUGAGCUCGAAAAAAUAGAGAUCCAUGGAGGUAGCGAUGAGAAAAAGAAAAUUUUUUACAGUGGAUUAUAUAGGAGCAUGAUUCUUCCGAGUGAUCGAACCGGUGAAAAUCCGAGAUGGAGAUCUUAUGAUAGCGGAGGAAAACUUAUACCUUAUUAUGACGAUAUCUUUACUUUGUGGAGUGCAUUCAGAACGACGAUUCCAUUAUACACGUUAAUUCAACAAAAGAGAGUGGUGGAUAUUGCAAGAUCUUUGAUCGAUAUCUAUGAGAACGAAGGAUUCAUGCCGGACGGCAGAAGUGGAAUGUAUAAUAGUAUUGCGAGGGGCGGAUCGAAUGGGGACAUGGUAUUGUCCGAGUUAUUUCUUAAAAAUCUUGGAAAAGGUCAAAUUGACUGGAACCUUGGUUACAAAGCGAUGUUAAAAAAUGCUCUCGCUGAACCAUGGUCACGAGGAUCAAAUGAAGGACGAAUGCUCUUAAGGUUUUAUAAGGAAUAUGGAUACCUACCCGUAGUGAAAUCCUUCGAAAAUUGGAAUAGAUACAGGGACCAAGGAAUGUGCAGUAAGACAAUGGAGUAUACAACCAAUGAUUUUGCGAUUGCAUGUGUUGCAAAAGGUUUAAAGAAGAAAGAUGAUUACGAAAAAUUUAAACAACGUUCCAACUAUUGGCGAUAUUUAUGGGACUCUAAUACGACUGUUGAUGGUGUGCAGGGAUUCAUAAUGCCAAUACAUUUGGAAGAGACGGAUAAGUCGUUGUAUAGUGUUUUUAGAACAUCAACGUAUACCGAUUUUUAUGAAGGUUCAUUUUGGGAAUACAGCUUAAAUGUCCCACAUGAUGUAAACAUGCUUAUUAAGUUUGCACGUGGUCCAAGAGAAUUCGAAAAAAGAUUGAAUAUCACAUUCUCAAAUAAAGAUUACAACAGUAAUUACUUUAGCAUCCAACAUAUCCCUAGUUUAUUUCACCCUAAUCUAUAUCAUUACAUUGGAAAACAAUAUAAAAGCGUGCAAGUUAUCAGAGAUAUAAUGAAAAAGAAGUUCGGAACUGGGAAAAGUGGGUUGCCUGGUCAUGAUGAGUCUGGAGUUUUUAGUUGCUGGUAUAUUUUCAAUGCUAUUGGAAUAUAUCCAAUUGGCGGACAAGACAUAUACCUAAUAAAUUCACCACAUUUUACAAACACCACAAUUUACCUUUCGCCGACCACAACUUUUUCAAUACUGGCAAAUAACCUCAGUAGUCAGAACAUCUAUAUUCAAUCAGCGAAACUAAAUGGAUGGGACUUGAAAAAUACCUGGUUUAGGCACGGCGAUAUUUCCAAAGGUGGUAUCCUGGAAUUGGAGAUGGGUAAUGAAGUUUCAAAGGUUUGGGGAGUUUUAGAGGAAGAUAAAAGUGAUGCUAAAGAAUGGUUUGGCAAGAGUAAAAUCGUUGCACCGCCUAGUGCUUCCGAUUAA